GGCCAAAGGGUGGGAAGGAGGGAGAGGAGUGGGAUGAGGAGAAGGAUGUAGUGGAGGAGAUGGGGAAGAGUAAUGGUGGUGAUGAAGAGGUGGUUGAGGAGAAUGGGAAUGAGAAGAAGGAUAGGAAAGACCAGGAGAAGGGCCUGGUUGGUUACUCAGUCCGUUUCGAUCAUCGAGUACCGCCGGGGACGAAGAUCAAGUACGUUACGGAGGGUAUGUUGCUGCAGGAACUGUUGAGGGAUCCGCAUCUACGACAAUACUCGGCCAUCAUUGUGGACGAAAUCCACGAGCGCAGUGUGGAUGUCGAUUUGCUGUCUGGGUUCCUCAAGCAGAUUGUUACGGGCGACAAGGCCGGUCGUGGAGGGAUCCCGCUCAAGGUGGUAGUCAUGAGUGCUACCGCACAGGUCGAAAGAAUCAAGAAGUUCUUUUCUAGCGACGACAGUCUUAAGAAGGGGACAUCCGGGGAGGAAGUGGAAUACCUCGAGAUUGAAGGCCGACAGUUCCCCGUCGAAGUCAUCCACGAGCCCAAACCCGUUCCAGACAUCCAGGAGGCACUCCUCAAAACGGUCUUCAAGAUCCACACCCAAGAGCCGCUCUCCGAUAAACACGGCAAGAAGGACAUCCUGUGCUUCCUCACCGGCCAAGAAGAAAUCGAAGCCGCCCAGCGCCUAAUCGAAGAAUUCGCCGAAACCCUCGACCCCAAAGUGCCCAAAGUCAAAGUCUUCCCCCUCUUCGGCCAGCUCUCCAUGGAAGCCCAGCACGAAGCCUUCCAGCCCAUCAAGCAUCCCUUCACGCGCAAGAUCGUGCUAGCCACCAACAUUGCCGAAACCUCCGUCACCGUCCCCGGCGUGCGCUACGUCGUCGACUGCGGCAAAGCCAAAGUCAAACAAUACCGUCCCCGUCUCGGCAUGGAAUCGCUGCUCGCAAAACCCAUCUCCAAGUCCUCCGCCAUCCAACGCACCGGUCGUGCCGGCCGUGAAGGCCCCGGUAAAUGCUUCCGUCUCUACACAGCCGACACCUUCGCCACUCUCCAAAAAACAGACCUCCCCGAGAUUCUGCGGACAGACGUCCUCGGCGCCGUCUUGACAAUGAAAGCCCGCGGCAUCGACGACGUGCUUUCCUUCCCGUUGAUGGACCGGCCGGAAAUCGACGCCGUCGAAAACGCUCUCGUGCACUUACAUGUGCUUGGCGCGCUAGGCGACGACGGCCGCAUCACCGACACAGGCCGCAAAAUGGUUUUGUUCCCCGUCACUGCGCCCUACGCGCGCGUCCUGCUCGCGGCCGCUGACCCGCGCUAUGACUGCCUGCUGGAAACCAUCGACAUCAUCUCGUGCAUAACCGCAGGCGACGACAUCUUCAUGCAAGUCCGCUCGGAAGAAGACAAGGAAGCCGUGGACGUGUACAGGAAAGAACUCCAGCGUCGCGAGGGCGACUUGAUCACGUACCUGAAUACCAUGCAACGCUUCGUUUCCACCCCCUCUGCCGACCGUGGGACGUUCUGCAAACAACGCCGGAUUAAUGUGCGGAAUAUGCGACAGGCGCUGAAUAUCAGGAAACAACUCCGGUCGCUGUCGGUCAAGAAUAAGAUGCUGGCGGAGUUCCCGAUGCCGGAUGCGGAGGUGACGUACCAGCCUGUGUCGCCGGAGACGGCAGAGAGGAUCCUCAAGGCGUUCUUGAAGGGGUUCGCGAUGAAGACGGCCGUGCUAGCGCCCGAUGCGAGUUAUGUGACUGCCCAUGGGAAACAUGUGGUUGCUAUUCACCCGAGUAGUAGUUUGCAUGGGGUCAAGAGGGAGGCUAUCAUGUUCCUGGAGCAUGUGUAUACGCAAAAGAAUUAUGCAAAGAAGGUGAGCGCCAUUCAGGCGGGGUGGAUUGCGGAGGCGUUGGCUGCCUAACCUGAACGUGUGUUCUCGUGGGUGGCGGGGUUUAAUAUGGCCAGAGAUGUGGAUGGUGGCAGAGAAGGUGUGAGGUAUAGAUACCCUAGAUAGAGGUGCUGAAUGCAUGUACUUGAAGUCUAUACUGAAUAUUAUAUCUGUUCAUCACUGAACAUAUUCCACGGUGAAAAUGGCCGGUUGACGAUUUGUUUACAUCGUGAUGCUCUCCUUGGUGUUGUCUUCCCAUU